CUCUCUGGUAGAAGGGGUGUGGGACACUUUUUGCCUUUAUAAAAUCUAUGUAUUAUUUUAGAGGGAAGGCAGAGAACUUUUCUGCAUCUGCUCCUUCCAAAUUACUUUCAGCUCAUCGAUCCUAAUGCCAAAGAAGAAUAUUUUGGGGUGCACAUUCUGGACUUCCACAAACCAUAGGAGUCUUAGUUUCUGAUGUUGCUAGACUCUGGACACCUCGCCACCCCUUUGGAUCUCUCAACCCUGGUUGCCCUUCUGAAACUUUAUUUCCUACUUCUGCACACCCAGUUUCUACCUCCAGAUCCGUCUGGUGCACUUGCUGAGAAGCCUGAGACACUGGGGCCACCUGGAAGAAGCCAUCCACUGAACAGGGGAAAAUGGAAGACAAGGACACGUUACCCCAGUUCAUCCAUAAUAUAUUAUCCACAUCUCAUUCUUUGUUUAUAAGAAGUAUUAAAGGAAGCAAUGAAGAAUCCACCACCACAUAUGACUAUGACUACAGCAGUCCCUGUUACAAACCCGACGUGAAGUACAUUGGAGCCCUGCUCCUGCCCCCGCUCUACUCUCUGGUGUUCAUCUUUGGUUUCGUGGGCAACCUGCUGGUAGUUCUCAUCCUGAUCAACUGCAAAAAGCUAAAGAGCAUGACUGACAUCUACCUGCUCAAUUUGGCCAUCUCCGACCUGCUUUUCCUUCUCACUCUCCCAUUCUGGGCUCACUAUGCUGCAAAUGAAUGGAUCUUUGGAGAUGUCAUGUGUAAGUCACUCACGGGGAUGUAUCAAAUCGGUUAUUUUGGAGGAAUCUUUUUCAUCAUCCUCCUGACAAUUGAUAGGUACCUGGCCAUUGUCCACGCUGUGUUUGCUUUAAAAGCAAGGACUGUCACCUUUGGGGUGGUGACAAGUGGGAUCACCUGGGUGGCGGCCAUGUUUGCCUCUGUCCCAGGAAUCAUCUUUACUAGAUUCCAAGAAGAAAAUUCUCAUUACUCCUGUGGCCCAUAUUUUCCAUUAAAAUGGAAGAACUUUCAUACAAUAAUGAGGAAUGUCUUGAGCCUGGUGCUGCCCCUGCUUGUCAUGGUCAUCUGCUACUCGGGGAUCCUGAGAACCCUGCUUCGGUGUCGGAAUGAGAGGAAGAGACACAAGGCUGUGAGGCUCAUCUUCACCAUCAUGAUUGUCUACUUUCUUUUCUGGGCUCCCUACAACAUCGUCCUCCUCCUGACCACCUUCCAGGAAUUCUUUGGCCUGAGUAACUGUGAGAGCACCAGUCAGCUGGACCAAGCCAUGCAGGUGACAGAGACUCUCGGGAUGACGCACUGUUGCAUCAACCCUGUCAUCUACGCCUUCGUCGGGGAGAAGUUCAGAAGGUAUCUCUCGGUGUUCUUCCGGAAGCACAUCGCCAAGCAUCUCUGCAAACAGUGUCCAGUUUUCUACAGGGAGACAGCAGAUCGAGUGAGCUCCACAUACACCCCUUCCACUGGGGAGCAGGAUGUCUCAGUUGGCUUGUAAAAUGAGUGACGAUUUGCUUGUUGUACUUUAAGGGAGAUGACAGUCCAUAUGUUCUCAAGCCUCUGCUGAAGAAGAAAGAUCUAUAAAAUCAGGCACCCAGGAACCAAAGGGCCGUGCCAGGACAGACUCAUGUCACUCUCUGUAUCUCUAAUGCAUGCUCAGGGAAUAGUCCAGAACAACUGGGGCUGCUGUUCCUGCCUCCUGGUGCCUUCCUCCCCCCCACAGUCCUUAUCAUGUCACUCUUGACUGUACAAUUGUCCCUACUCCAAAAGACAGUUUGUGAAGGUCCAGAGGAGCAGACCAAGGGAGCAUGUGAAGGAAACUACACACACAUAUGCCCCUUGACGGUCACAGGAGAGAAACAGCAAAUGGUGGGGACACUGAGUCAUGUCCUCGAGGCAGAGGAGACUGGAGACAGGAGUGACAGAGGCUCCUGCAGUGAAAAUCACACGUCUUGGCCUGCGACUCUCAGUGUCUAAAUUACCAGGCAGGGUAAGCCUAGAUGAGGAAGGUUCUAGAUGGGUUGGGAACUAAUGUUUCCUAGUCUACCUUCCAGAGCUUUAUUUUUUGAUACAGGCAUAGAGUUCAGACAUUUUUUUUAAAAUAGAAAAAUAAAAUAAGCCUGAAAAUUGUAACUUGCAUGAUGAAGUGUUAUUUAAAGAGUUGCUCAUUUAAUAUUGUAUUAAUUAAAGAGACAACUCUGGCUUUGAGCUUAAAAGCUUGGAGCCUGACGUGUGCUUGGGAGACUGGGGACCUAACGCAGCUGCCUAAGAGAAUGUGUUCUCCCCAAAUGUAUUUUUCUGUCAUUACAAAGUCAUGGAUUUAAACAUUUUCAAGUGCUUCAAUGCCCUGCAGAUGGCCUUGCUGAUGACGAGUGGUCCCCUUUGGGCCAGAGGGAACUCCUAAGACAAGCUGGCUUCUGAUCCGACGUCUUAAAGUCUACUUGUAAUGGAGGGAGUUAGAGAAGCUCGCUUGCUCGCUCGAGUGAGCAAGGGCCUUCCUCUUGGUUGAGCCACAUUAAGGAUGCUCUUAGCUGUCACCUGGUGCAUUUCUGAUCUGAUGGAAGCAAGAAACAUUGGGAAUUAGGCAGCUUGGGGGCUGGAAGUUACUAAUGUGUAACUUCAUUUUACCACAUGGCCAGAGGUUUCUGGAAGUUGGGGCAGUGGGGGAUGUCACCUUCAUAUAUCCUAACAAAUGCAUAUGAUUCGAUUUUGAUGAUGAUGAAAUGUAAAUAUUGGAAAAUAAAUCAGUGUUUUAACUAUAUUGUUAAAAAAAUA